ACUCUGGAGGUACAGUCUGUUUUCCCAGGGAUGCCACCCGCUCCCUGCGUGAUAGGAGGAGAAAGGUCACUCGUUGUUCUAGGUCUCGGCUCCCAGCUGAGAAUGAUGCUGUCUCCCUCCUCUCAUUUUCUAGCUUGCUUGUUUAUCUCACUAGCUUUUCAUCAGAGUAACAUCCACUCUGCCUCUGUGCUGAGCACAGUGGGUCCUGCUCUUGGCUGGGGCUUUUAGACACCACUAGGAGUAACAGAUAUGAUUCUCUCUUUACGCCUGUCUCCUCCCUCUCCGCCCAUGCUCCAGUGCUUGUGAGAGCCUUCAAAGAGACGCUGUUUUCUGUGGCUUCGGGAUCCCUGCAAGAAAUGGGAGUCUGAUGGAUUGUAAAUGCACCUGCUUUGUUUAAAACCCAGCCAUACAGAUAAGUGCACUUUUAAUUAUCUCCGAACAGUGCUUUAGACAUAGCUGUGCACAGCGUCUCUCUUCAGUUUGGUGAGGCUCUGUGUUUCACCCCUGCAAAUGAAUGCUGUGUGGGUCUCAUUUCAGCUGAGAAAAACCAGACACUAUUGGUAUUCCACAUUAAGGUGAGCCUUGAGGACACCUGGGAGACUGUAGCUCCUGAAUGCGUGACCUUCCCCUGUGAAUAGAAGAAAGCCAUGGGGAAAGACAAGAAAGAAGAGGCCAUCUUCCUGAGGAAAAAGAUAACUUUGCUGCGGGCCUUCUCGCUGCUCAUCGGCAGCAUGGUUGGCAGUGGCAUCUUUAUUUCCCCCAAAGGAGUACUGAAAAACUCCGGCAGCGUGGGAUUCUCCCUGGUCGUGUGGUUCUCCUGUGGGGUUUUCUCCAUGUUUGGUGCCUUGUGCUAUGCAGAGCUUGGAACAAGAAUCACCAAGUCUGGAGGGCAUUAUAUCUACAUUUUGGAGACACUAGGGCCUCUGCCAAGCUUCUUAUUCCUGUGGGCAGAGUUCUUUGCUAUCAGGCCUGCCAACAGUGCUGUGGUUUCCCUGGCAUUUGGUCGCUACAUGCUGGAGCCAUUUUUCACCCCCUGUGCUGCCCCUGUCCCUGCGGUGAAGCUCGUCUCUCUCCUGGGCUACUACAUGGUCCUCACCCUCAAUUCCUGGAGUGUCACCUGGAGCGCGCGGCUGCAGACAGCUCUCUCCGUUGUCAAACUCCUGGCUCUUGCACUCAUCAUCGUGCCAGGGAUGAUGCUGCUGGCCCAGGGCCACACCGAGAACUUUCAGGAUGCUUUUGACAGACAGUCGCUGGUUCUGGAUAAGCUCCCCCUGGCUUUCUAUGCAGGCAUGUUCGCAUACUCCGGCUGGUUUCAGACCAGCUUUGUGCGUGAAGAGUUGGUCAAACCUGAACGAAAUAUCCCCCUGGCUGUCAUCGUGUCCGUGAUCUCAGUAAUUGUGGGGUACAUGCUCACCAAUGUCUCCUAUUACACGGUCCUGGGAACACAAGAUGUUCUGGCUUCUCCUGCUGUGGCUGUGAGCUUUGUGCAGCGAGCUUUCAAAAGCCUGAUCUCCGUGGUCCCUGUCCUUGUCGCACUGUCCUGCUUUGGAACCAUGAAUGGAGGAAUCUUCACAUUUUCAAGGACUCUGUUUGUGGCUUCCAGGGAAGGGCAAUGGCCUCCUCUCUUCUCCAUGAUCCACAUUCGAAGGCAUACCCCCCUUCCUGCUGUCAUGUUAAUGUUCCCUUUGGUCACUGCCAUGGUGUGCAUCGGAGACAUCUACCAUCUACUGAACUUCUUCAGCUUUUCCCGAUGGCUCUUCAUAGGAUUAGCCACCCUCGGGCUCAUCGUCCAUCGGCACCGUCACCCGGAGCUGCACAGCCCCUUCAGGGUUCCCCUCUUUGUUCCUGUCUCUUUUACCAUCAUCUGCCUCUUCACGGUGGCAAUGUCUUUCUACUCAGACCCUGUGAGCAUUAGCAUUGGAUGCACCAUGGUUUUGAGUGGUUUUCCAGUCUACUACCUCAUCAUUCACAGGCAGAUGUCGGACCGCUGCCGCAACCUGUUCUAUUAUCUUACACAUAAACUACAGUUACUGCUGGAAGUUGUCCAACAAGAAAUCAAGACUUACUGAGAAAACCAUCAGAACUCACAGAAGACAAUAAAAAUCUACUUACACCAUUUUUGACACCUUUGAUUCUACCAAAAGCAGGCCAUGCUUUUAUUCUUUUUAGUCAGUGAAAAUGAGGAUGACUCUGAGCCAAAACCUUGCUGCAAGUGUUCCUAAGCUUGCCAAUAGGGAUCUGAUCCUGCCCUUUCAUUUUUUUCAGGAGAGCAAACUAGUCGUCUGAAAUGAGCUUGCUUUGCCUGCAGUGUCUUUGAAACCAAUAUCCUAAUUUAGCCCAGUCCUGAGUAAAAUUGAGUAUGUGUGUGUACAGAGACAAUGUUUUGUUUUCCUAGCUUGGCAAAUAGAGGAAGUGGGCAUGUUGCAGAACUUAGAAUCCAACACAUGGAAGCCAAAUGCAAGUUUCAAACAGAACCACUAUAGCAGCUUUGUUGUGGACAAGGGGAAGAGUUGGGGAGAGCAAAUUAGAGAUAAGGCAGAUGAAUUGGAAAGGGGAAUGCAGGGGGAUAAAAUUUUAUUCACCUGAAAGUGCAGAUUGAGCUAAUGAGAAGAUAUUUGAAAUUUGAGUAUUAACAAAGUAAGGUCAGAAUGUUUUGUUUUGAUUUUUGUAUAAGCAGAAUGAGUUUCUUUUAGCUUUGGAAUAAUCUUUCAAUUUUGAAUUUUACUUUUCUGAAAUUGCAUUUUUAAAUGUACAAAUACAUUAAAAAAACCCCAAACCAAACAGUUAAAUAUCAACUAGAAGAGAGUAUCAACAGAAUAGAGUCCUGGUCCCUCCCCCAACUUCCCCGACCCACUCCUCACCAGUGAGGUUGAAAACUCAGAAUUUGGCCUAGCUCCAGUGAGAUAAAAUUCCUCUUUUAAUUAGACAGGACCACUGAUGAGGUUUGGGCAGAUUCCUGAAUAAGUGCAUCUUUUGGUGCUGUAAGAGGACAUGAGUAACUUCACAUCCAAGCUUUAAUUUGCCUGUUGCACAUGACUUGCUGAUUUAAUCCACAGAUGCUCAUUUGAACUAAUGGCAUAAGAAAGGUUUCCAUUAUUGGAUUACUUUGGUUUACAUUAUUAAUGUGGCAAUGUUAUGUCCAGAUAAAACAGCAAUUAGCUAUUUACAAUCAUGUAAUUGUUAAUCGGUUCCUAAAAGAUGGGAAGUAGCAUGCUGAGACUCCUCUAAUGAUUGCUGGAAAGAGGAACAGCAGAAUGCAGUGGAGCAUUUUUUAAUCCUUUGUAUCAAAAAUUUAUGUACUCAGAAUAAAAACAAAGUACCAUUUACAAAUCCAAUGUAAUCUACUAAAACGUGUAAAAUUGUGGAACUAAAGCUGGGU